UUGCUCUGUUUUGCCGGCUUUAAGUUUUGCUUGCUUUGAAUUGUCCAUUGUCCUUAGGCUCUGAAUCAUCGCGCGUUCCAAAUUAAAUUAGGGUGGAGCUCGUAAUUUAUCCGAUUUGUUGACCAUUUUAAUAUAUAUUAAGCAGUUAAGUGAUUUUCAACAUGACUACUUGGUUACCAAUAGAAUCUAAUCCGGAGGUACUAAACAAAUAUCUCGGGAAACUAGGUGUUUCGCCAUUAUGGAAUAUCGUCGAUAUUUAUGGUGUAGAAGAUGAAAUGUUGGCCUUUGUCCCAUCGCCACUUAAAUCGUUGAUUUUUCUUUUCCCAUGUACAGAUGUUUACGAAGCCUUCCGUGCCCAAGAGGACGAAGAAUUAAAAGCUAAGAACAUUGAGCACCCGAAAAGUCUAUUUUAUAUGCGCCAGUACGUUCACAACGCUUGCGGAACUAUUGCUUUGGUUCACGCCAUUUUGAAUAACCCAGAGAUCGAAUUGGAGGAAAAAAGUUUUAUGAAAAAUUUCUUUGAUGACGCUAAAGACAAGACACCGGAAGAGCGUGGCCGACAACUAGAAAACGAUACAGGAUUCAUUGAGACACACGAGAGUAUGGCAAACGAAGGCCAAACAGCUGCCCCGGAUAUUAACCAAAAAGUGUACAACCAUUUUAUUGCGUUCGUACAUCACGAAGGACAGUUGUAUGAGCUGGAUGGACGUAAGAAUUUUCCAAUUGCUCACGGCCAAACGUCACCAGAUAACUUGUUGAAGGAUGCCGUCGCCGUGUGCAAGAAGUAUAUUGCACUAGAUCCCAACGAAGUGCGAUUUACCUUAUUGGGAUUAGUCCCCACUCAAUGAAACAUUCUAAUUGCGUACUGUAGAGGCUAUUGCCACUGGAAAUAUAUAUUGCUGAAAGCUUGAAGUUUGUCAUUCAUUAUAUGUCAAUAUUGGAAAUCUCUCUUUU